CUUCAGCACUUGCGCGCGCUCUCAGUGGAGGCAGCUGUGUCCUUAUACUACCUUGAGAAAAGGAUGGGAAAACCGUACAAAACCAGGUCAACACGGGGUUAGACUAGCUGAAGGCGACCCUCGUUACGCUCUUGAACGCGCCCGCUUUGAAUCCCCCCCACCCCCUGCAUACAAAAUUGACGCGCGUGUUUGGAGCUCGUGAGGAAAAUGCUGACGCGUUUGGCCGUUUCGUCAGCCUGUUUGACGUGUAGACUGCUGAGGGAUAUUUAUUACUCUUAAGGACUUUUUUAUGGAGGCAAACGAGCGUCGAAAAAUAUUUCGUUUACGCGGAAACACUUUCUUGGGAGAACGACAUGAAUUUGGGAUUUUUGUAUAGCCUUAUAAUGAGAAACGAUGUGUAGCCUGCUGAGGGAUAUUUAUUACUCCUAACGACUUUUUAUGGACGCGAAGAUGUUGUGAUGUGGAAAUACUUUUGGGCUGAACAGAAUGUUUGGAAAUGUUCUGAAUAGACGUACGCAGCAAACAAACUCGAAUGAUGAUCUCAAACGUCCUGUGUGAAACUCUUUCUGUGAAAACGUCCUUGCUUUUGGAAACGUUUUGAAUAUUGUGAGAUAAUUUAAACGACGUGUUUUACAGGAUAUUUAUUGCUCCUUCGCGCCUUUUUGUGGACGUGAGCGAUCGUCUUAUAUGUGGAAAUACUUUAAAUUUGGGGAUGUUUUGAAUAGAAUACGGCAAAAAUUAUUUAUAUUCAAAGCUUUUACUGCAACGUUUUCAUUUAGAGAACAUUUAACUCUCAUUGAACAAGAAUACCGUAUUCAUGUGGAAAUAACACAAUUCGGGGAAUUUUAGCGAAUGUUUUGGACAGCUUUCUCUCUUAUUAAACCAGGAAAAUCCAUGUUGCACUAAUGCAUGAGGAAACUGAUAUCCUCAUUUGGAUAAACUGAACGAGACUUCAGCAAGAGUUUGGCGCAACUACAUCCACUGGUGAUGCCGGAGGUCACUUCCACCAGAAGUGAUAGGCUAACAUCCAAAGGCAUUAUGUUUUUAUGCAACACCACAGCCAUCAAGGACUGGAGCUAUUUUCUCUCUCAGAUCUUGCCUCUUGUGAAUAAAUCAGCGGGAUUUGUUCAUAAGAGUAUGGAUCGGGUGGAGGCGGUGACGAGCACCAUGGUGACGGCUCUGGAGCCCGAUCUGAGCGGGAUGAGCGCCAGUCACCCUCCGCUCAACUCCAAUCACACGUCCGGGAUGGAGCACGUCUUUCAGUACUCGUACUCCGAGAGUGACCUGCAGUACACGGACUACAGGACGCCGCAGAGGGAGUCGAUACCGCUGCCCAAGGCGGUGCUGUACCUGGUCAUGGCCGCGCUGGUGGUGGUCGCCGUGGCGUACGCGAUCGUGGGGCACCUGGUGAAGGAUCUCGUGCAUGAGUUUUUGGAGUGGGUGUUUGGGCCUCGUUCAGACGACCGCAGGAGCAAGAGUGAGGUGAACUGCAUCAGCAGCAGCGUGAAUGAAAUGAGCGAACUCUCGUGUCGGGUGGACACGUCGCGCUGCAUCGUGUACAAUCACUCUGAGUCUCCGAACGCCAUGAAGCCGGAAGAACUGGUGGUCACCAUCGAUGAGACCUUGCAGGACCUACCUCGUGAAGCUUACAGUGGAACCUAACUGAGAAAAACAACCACGGUUUGACCCAGCCCUUUAUUAUGAGGAGAAAAGCAUGUUUGCUUCAGUUUGAUCGGCAUCUGUGAGCCGGUGCAGUAACGUCAGAUGACCUUUGGCGGUCAUGUGGAAUUUAGGAGACUUUAGAAGGAAUGGAAUCACAAUAAAGUACAUGUACAUGUUCUUUAUCGGAGUGCUGUGAGACACUAUAUUUUCUGAACUCGAGAAAGAGGAGAGACACUUCUUAUCAUUCAUAUCAGUGUUAUUUUUCUUGUUUUGUGGAGACAUGCACUGUGAAUCUAGAAUAGUGUUCUGCUGUUAUCCGUUUCAUACUCUACCCACAACCUGCUUUGGUUCGAUUUUCCCACUUUUUUGCAGAUAUUUAUGGCUGAGAACUUUUGGCUGCGUUGUAGUAUUUGCAAAUACUUACAUUUUACUCACUUUCAGGUUUCCUGGAAUUGAUUAUGCUGCUUGAAAACAGAAAUACUUAGAGAUCUUCUCCCUACAGGUUACUUAAAAAGUCAAGCAAUGAAGAUAGUUUAGAUAUAUACAGCCCUUGAUGAAAAAAAAAAAAAGAGAUAAACAAUGGUGAAAUGGUUUAAUCUAUAAGGCAGUGUUACCAAAAAUGUGUGUUUUAUAAUGGAAGGAGAUGCUACACAAACACUUCUCAAUGAAAAUAUAUAUUUAAAUGAAAGAAGACAAAUGUUAAAUACACUUAAAAGUGGCUUUUGAUAAUAUAUUUGAGUUAUACAUUGACAGAUGUCUCUGUUUACUUCACAACUAAGGGCUAUAAUUUCAGGUUUCAUUGCAGAUGGUUAUCAGAACGAAGCUUCAGAUCUGAGCAUCACAGAUUUUCAAAGUCAAAAAAGGGGAUAAUUGGCAGAAUUAUCCCUCACA